CUGACUGUGGUUCAGAGUGGAGCCACAGGGGGUGGUUUCUCAGCUCCAUGAUAAUUCUGGCUCGUUUGCUUUCAGUCCCACUGUGGGCCGCAUUCUGAACUUUUAUUUAUUUUUUUAAUCUCACUGAGGACUGAAAGAUGUGAGUGGUGUUCAAUAGAUAAUGAUGGUUAAUAUGGCUUCAGUGAGUCUUAACAGUGAAAUAACAGCUACUCCCUUCAAAUGGAGUUUAGGGAAGGAACAUUUUUGUUCUGGUUGUCAAUUGUUAAAAUUUGUUUUAAGCUUCUGUGUUUGUGUUCAUUAAGUGGAAUCAAAUCAAGUUCUGCAACUUUAAAUUGGAAAAGAACACCACAAAACAAUGUAAAAUGAAUUAUAGCAUUAAUGCAAUUUUAUUGGGUUUUUUUGUAUACAAGCAAGAAUGUAUUGAUAUGUUGUAUCAAGUAUAUUGAUAUGCUGUAUCACUGUUGUCUAAUUGUUGCCUAUUGUCUGUUUUGUGCUCCUCUUGCCCAUGCUGAUGCUCCAUAUGAUCCAAAGGGUUGUGCGGUGGUUGAGUUUAGAACCGAAGAACUAAUGAAGAAGGCUGUGGAUAAAGUCAAUAAAUACAACAUGAAUGGACGUCCUUUGAAAGUGAAAGAGGAUCCAGAUGGAGUGAUUGCCCAGCGUGAAGCCCACAGGGUUCAGGGUGGUGGUGGAGGGCCUCCUGGUGGUAUGGGUGGAGGAAUGGGUGGUGGAAUGGGUAUGGGACCCGGACCUGGUGCUCCCCCCAUGGUCAACAUCCCGCCAAGUCUCAUGAACAAUCCAAACAUUCCUAAUGAGAUCAUCCAUGGCCUUCAAGCUGGCAAGAUAGGAAGCACAGUUUUUGUGGCAAAUCUUGAUUAUAAGGUGGGCUGGAAGAAGCUGAAAGAGGUGUUCAGCAUGGCUGGGGUGGUCGUCCGCACUGACAUCCUAGAGGACAAAGAUGGCAAGAGCAGGGGCAUGGGAACAGUCACCUUUGAAAUGCCAAUUGAAGCUGUGCAAGCAGUCUCCAUGUUCAAUGGCCAGCUCCUGUUCAAUCGAACCAUGCAUGUUAAGCUGGAUGAGAAAUCUAUGCCUAAGGGUGACUUUGCACCCCCUGAGAGACCACCUGCACUGCCUCGUGGUCUGAGUGGUAUUGGUCUGGGAUUGGGGCCCGGUGGACAACCCAUUGAUGCUGCACAGCUGAACCGUGGUGGAGGGAUGAGCAACAUGGGGCCUGGAGGAAUGGAUAAUUUUGGAGGUGGAAUAAACAACAUGGAUCGUUUUGGCCCUUCUGGAAUGGGGAGGAUGAAUGACAUGGAUCGUGGAAUUGGGGCUGCCUUUGACAGAGAAUUUGGUGGCCGUAAUGAGAUGGGCAUGUCCCGCAAUAACUUCGGAGACUCUUUUGACAGAGGAAUGGGUAACUCCAUGGCAAUGGAUCGCAUGAGUGCUGGGAUGGACCGACUUGGUGCCAACAUGGAUCGCAUGGGCAGCCUGGACAGAAUGGGGAUGGAUCGCAUGGACCGUGUGUCUGACCUGGACAGGAUGGGUUCUGGCUUUGAUCGUAUGGGCUCAGGCAUGGAUCGACUGGGACCCAGCAUGGACAGGCUGGGAUCUGGCCUGGACCGUAUGAGCUCUGGCAUGGACCGCCUGGGUCCGUCCAGUUUUGAUCGCCUAGGCCCAUCCAGCCUGGAGCGCAUGAGUGCAGGCAUGGAUUUUGCCUCACCAAUGGGCAUGGACAGAAUGAAUGCUGGUCUCGACCGCAUGGGGUCCAACUUUGAGCGCAUGGGCUCGGGUGGGUUGGACCGUUUCCCAGCCCCAGGAAUGGACCGUGUGGGUUCCAGCAUUGACCGAAUGGACCGCAUGGACCGCAUGGGCUCUGGUGUGGGAGGACAGUUUGAUCGAGGUGCAGAUAUGGACCGCGGUAACUUUGGCAGCUUCAGCUCAGCGGGGCAAGGAGGUCCAGGAGCUGGAGCCAAUGCCAGAAAGGGCUGCCAGAUCUUUGUCAGAAAUCUGCCAUUUGAUUUUACCUGGAAGAUGCUGAAGGAUGCCUUCAAUUCAUGUGGUAUGGUGCAGUAUGCUGAUAUCAAGAUGGAGAAUGGCAAGUCCAAGGGUUGUGGUGUGGUUCGCUUCGACAGUCCUGAAACAGCAGAGCGCGCUUGCCGCACUAUGAAUGGUUAUCGACUGAAUGGCAGAGAGAUUGACGUGAGGAUCGACAGAAACGCAUAAUCCACCAGCGAUCCUGCCCCUGUCUACUUUCUCCAUUUCAAUACAGAGCUUUCCAUGUUUUUGUUUAUUACAUUUCUACUAGUGCAAAAUUGGUGCAGUUUUAGUUUCUGCUUGCUUAAGUUUUUAGAGACCAAUUUUCAUUUUUCUUACCCUCCCCUCUUUUUAAUCCUUAUGCUAGAAAUGACCUUUGGUAAAGGUUUGACAAUAAAUCUCGAAUGUUAA